ACAUGAAGUUGUUUUUUAUUUUUGCUUUACUAGCCAUAAGUGCACCAGCUGCUAUCAAAGCUUUCAGGGUCAGUUUAGGAGGACUUGGAAACCAAGCUUCUGGAGGAAGGUUAAAUUUAGGCGGCGCUGGAAGCCAAAGUUUGAGACGAGGAGGAGAGUCUCGCUUAGGUGGGAUUGGCAGAAUCGGAGCAGACCGUCCUGUAAAAUUACGUGGAGUGGCUAAUCCGGCUAUGAGAGGAAGUCUCGAUCAAGAGGCCAGCUCAUUAUUCGGUGCACGGACCUCGAUAGACGCCGGGUGUUCAACCGCUGGGGGUUGUUCAGGUGACAUUGGAGGAGCCACUGGUAUCGGUGCCUCCAACAACGGCGGCGUAUCUAUUCAUACGGGAUGUUCUAGCGCAGAGGGAUGUGGAGCCGAAGCAGGAAUGUCCAUAGGAGCAGACGCAGGGUGUUCUAGCACCGGAGGGUGCUCAAAUGACACCGGCGGUGAACUCGGCGCUGGGUGUUCUACCGUCGGCGGGUGCGUAGGCGAUACUGGAGGUUUGAUUGGUAGUGGAGGUUUUAUCGAAAGUGGCUGCACUAGCACCGGAAGGUGCUCAAAUGGCGCCGGCAUUGACCUCGACGCUGGGUGCUCCACAGUCGGCGGGUGUUUAGGCGACGCUGGAGGUUUAAUCGGUAGUGGGGGUUCCAUCGAAGGUGGUUGUUCCAAAGAUGGCGGGUGCUUAGGCGACGCGGGAGGUUUUCUUAAUACCGGGGAUGCCAUCGAAGGUGGCUGUACUAGCAACGGAGGGUGCUCGAAUGGUGUUGGCAUUGGACUCGGCGCUGGGUGCUCUACCAUUGGCGGAUGCUUAGGCGACGCCGGGGUCUCGAUGGGUACUGAGGGAUCCAUCGAAGGUGGAUGUACUAGCGCUGGCGGUUGCGUAGGCGAUGCGGAGGGGUCCAUCGGUACCGGGAGUACCGUCGACGUUGGGUGUUCUGGCACUGGCGGAUGUUCAAACAAUGCCAGAGGUUCCAAUGACGCCCAGCUCGAUGCUGCGUCGACCGUCGCCGCAGCGCAUUCGCUAGUAGCCAAGGCAUCUCUUGCCGCCAAAAAUGCUGAUCAAGCCAGGAGCUCUAAUAGAGCGGAGAGUUUCGUCAAUAGCAGCAGUUCCAUUGGUACUGGUACUUCUAUGCUCGGAAAUUCGAGCUUCGACAGCAAGGUCAACGCAGACGGGGAGGACACCAUUGGCGGAAAAUCUACCGCAAAAUUGGGCUUUAGUUUGGGGGCAGGAAGCCGCAUGGGAUAAGCUUUGUAAAUAAAUUCCAAACUUGGCUUGCAUAGCAAUUACACGUCGCCAAAUACAUAGAUAAUUCUGGAAUAACGAAAAUCAUAACAAAAUACAUUUUAAUACAUUAAAUUUUAAUUUUAUAAAAG